AAGAGAUUUUUAGAAAAUAUCAACUCAUAUAUGCAAAAAUUACGAAGAAUAAUAAGCUGCAGAUGGGUAAAAAAGCACACAAUAUAUUAUUUGGAGUAUUCAUAGUAAUCUUCGCGGGACUCAUAGCAAUAAUUCUUUACUUAUGCAUAAGCAAUUCGAUAUGUUUUCAAAAACAAGUCAAAAAAGUUAAUAAAAAAUGUCAAGAGUACAAUGAGCAAGCCUGUAAGCUCAGCGACCAGUCAUCUCCAGCUAUCGAUGAACUGCAAGCUAAAAUAAAUCAAGAUGACGCUGUACCAGGACAAUUUCCUCACCAGGCGUUUAUAGAACUCGUAAACUCGAAAAAAUCAACGGUGCAUCUAUGCGGAGGCUCAUUAAUCAGCGAAUAUUUCGUUUUGACUGCUGCUCAUUGCAUAAUUCAAGCAGGAGGUAAUCCGAAAAUUCAAGUAGAAUUGGGAAAUGUGUUCUUGAAAUCAGGCAAAGAGUACAAGGUAAAAGAGUUCCACGUACAUCCUGGAUUUUCCGAAAAACGAAUCUAUAAUGAUAUUGCUCUUCUGAAACUUGAUACAAAAGUAAAUUUCAGCUCAACCAUAAGACCCAUAUGUUUGAACACAGAUUAUAACAUCGAGAAAUACCACAACGCCACCACAUCAGGAUGGGGUUUAGAACGUCUGGCAUCAGGUAAAAUCGGUAAUUCGACUUCAAAUCUCAAGAUAAUAAAGUUACGUAUAGACGAAAAACACGAGUCAAUUUGUGGUGUACAUCCAGCAGCAUAUGAUGAAGAUUCACAGCGUAUAAUUUGCACACAUAGCUCCGAAGAAGACAAACAUGAGGGUGAUGCAGGAGGACCACUACAGGUAUGGUCCAAAGGAUGCUCUGAUGGAAAGACUACACUUUACGAAUUACUCGCAGUGAAUUCAAGGAACGUAAAACCACGUACUCCGGAUAAAGGUCGAGGAAUUAUUUUUAUAAAAAUUGAACCUUACAUUCGUUGGAUCGGGGAAAUCGUCUGGCCCUGAAUAUCGAAGUCUACAAUGUUCAUCAACAUCAUCGGUUAUUUCAAUGUUUUUUAAAUUUCGAAAUAAAAUUUUCUUUUAAACUCUGCAAAAGAUA